UACGGUUCAAUCUUGAUAUGAUCUUAUUGGCAACGGCUGACUUUUUGCCUGAAAAUAAGCUUGGGCAAGGUGGAUUUGGAACUGUCUAUAAGGGGACACUACUUAACGGGAAAGAGAUAGCGGUGAAGAGAUUAGCCAGAGGUUCAGAAGGAGAUAUAGAGUUUAGAAAAGAGGUUUUACUCUUGACAAGACUCCAGCAUAAGAAUCUGGUUAAGCUGCUUGGUUUCUGUAAUGAAGGAGAUGAAAAGAUUCUUGUCUACGAGUUUGUCUCCCACUCAAGUCUUGACCGCUUUAUCUUUGAUGAGGAAAAGCGUUCACUUCUUACGUGGGAAGUGAGGUUUAAAAUUAUAGAAGGCAUUGCUCGAGGUCUUGUUUAUCUCCAUGAAGAUUCUCAGCUGAAGAUUAUUCACCGAGACUUGAAGACAAGCAACAUCCUUUUAGAUGCAGAGAUGAAUCCAAAAGUUGCAGAUUUUGGGACAGCGAGGCUGUUUGAAACCGAUGAAACUCAAGCUGAAACAAAACGAAUAGCUGGAACUCGUGGAUAUAUGGCUCCUGAAUACCUGAACCAUGGGCAAAUAUCAGCUAAAUCUGAUGUAUUUAGCUUCGGUGUUGUGCUUCUAGAGAUGAUAAGUGGUCAAAGAAAUAAUAGCUUUGAAGGAGAAGGAAUUGCACUUUUUGCAUGGAAGAGAUGGGCUGAAGGAAGGCCUGAGGUUAUAAUUGAUCCUUUAUUGGUGAAAAAUUCUAGUGUCGAGAUCAUUAAGCUGAUCCAGACUGGUUUGUUGUGUGUUCAAGAGAACGCAACAAAUAGACCAACAAUGAGCUCUGUAAUGGUUUGGCUUGGCAGUGAGACCAUCACCAUUCCCUUGCCUAAGGCUCCUGCUUUCACAGAGAGUCAUUCUCAAUCUGAAGAAGGUGCAAUGUCCAUGAGCAAUGUCUUCACAGAAUUGAGUUCUCGUUGAGUUAUCAAUUGUGUUAAAUUAUAUGUUGUUUGAAGGUGUGACAAAGAUUCUAAUUGAAUUUAAUUG